CUCCGGCUCCCUCCCGAGACCGUCUCUCUCCUUUCCAGGGGCCGAGGCAGGACAGUGCACCGCAGCUGGGUGGCCCGGCCUGCAGGUCCAGUCACUAUUUUUGGAAUCUGACAUCCUAAAACAAUGCCAAGAGUAAAGGAAAGAAAAGGAAAAGCUAAAGGGACUCCCCCACCCGUCGUCCUGAGCCUUCAAAAGUUCCUGAGAACCUACGAGAAGCACUGUGCAGGCUCCCAGACACCCGUGUGUCCGGCCAUCAGGAGGGACCUGAGAAGCAGCAUUGCCAAUGAGCAGAGCCUCAGGACGUCUUCACUUCUGGAACUGACGGGCUGCACUGCCUGCCCAUUUACCACCCUGGAGAUCAUUGAUUGCAAGAUGGAUUCAUGGUCGCUGGGACGACUUGGGAAGGCUCUGCAGCUCGGUGGCUUGCAUUCCCUCGCCCUUGAUUACUGCAGAUUUGGAAAUGAAGAAAUGGAGUACAUCUUCUCAGGCCUGGCGAACAAUAAGAAGCUUCAAGGCCUCAGUCUGCGGUACUGUGGGCUGGGGCCAGGCAGCGGGCCCAGGCUGGGCUUCGUCAUCAGCCAGAGUGCCAUCUGCGAGCUGUACCUUGAUGGCAACGAUUUGCAGUGCUCUGGUGCCCUGGCUCUGCUCAGGCCCUUGGUGGAGUUCACAGAGAUGCAGGGGAAAGACCCACCAGCCCCGGGGGUGGCUCCCAACGCCGGAAGUCCCCCUCAGCUGCUGCACACCAUCCAGAAGGGAAGUUCCUCUUUGAGCCAAAAUGCAAAAUCAUCUCAAGCUGCCACAGUGACAACUACUUCAGGGAAGAAAAAGAGGAAAAAAGAAAUCAAGAAGAGAAAAUGUUUGGCUGAACCUGGUCCCUGGUUGGUGAAGUUGCAUUUGGCAGAUAAUGGCAUAGAUAGCAAGGGGGAAGAAGGAAGCUUGUUGGAAUUCACUCGGAUGCUGACGUGCCUGAUCACACGCUCUGCCCACGUAAGGGAAAUUGACCUCGGGAACAAUGUCUUGGGAGAGAAGGCCGCUGCUGCUGUCCUCGGAGCCCUAAGAGCCAGGAAGACAGGUAGACUACCAGUCUUAAAAAUAACAGUCACUCCCCAGAUCUCUUCAGACACUUUUACAUCUAUUUGGAAAAACAGCAAGAAAUCUAAUACUACCUACAAAAAGAAGAAAAAGGCUAAAAACUGAAUACAGAUGCAUAUUUUCCUAUGAAGAUCAUUUAUUUCCACAGCUAACCAGAUAUAUUUGGAAAGACUUUGUUUUGCAGUAAUAUUUUUCUUUAUAUCCAA